CUGGAUAACGAGAAGAAAAGACAGGGCUCGGACGCUGGAAGUGAUACCAAGCGACACAAGCCACUUCACCAGUUGAGUGAAGAUGGGCCCUUGACUCAGUCUGAUGUCGUCUAUUUCCAGAAAGAAGCUAUAUGGAGACAGAUGGCCACAUACAAACAGAGGUGUCAAUCUUUAAGUCGGGACUUGGCCAAACUUGAUAAACAGUAUGAGUCGAGCCUGAGAAAAUUGCAUAUCUUGAGCAGUUGGUACGAACAGAUUCUCAAUCUUUUUGCUUCAAAAGUUACCCAGAAUGGCGAAGCUAUUGACGAAAAGUUGUUGGUGAAGCUUCUGGACAAUGAUGACGAUGAAUUAAAGACGAGAAGAAGCUUGUUGUUGCUGGUGUUGACCCCGUUAAUAGAGAAUUCCAAGGCU